CUGUGUCUGUUUGUGACCCUCAGCAGCAGGGACCAGGCAGCGAACUCAAGGCCACAGCUGAACUCCUGCGCCAGAAGGAUCAUCUCAUCGCCGUGGAGAAGAGCAACGCCUCUCUGCAGACGGAGAGCAGUUUACUGAAGGAGCAGCUCAAACAGAUGGAGAACCAGAACUCUUCCCUCAACAGCCAGAUGGCGGCGCUGCAACGACACGCCUCCACCCUGCAGGAGCAGAACUCUGCUCUGCACACAGAGACGGCCAAGCUGCAGGUGGAGAACUCCACCGUCUCCUCGCAGAGCGCCUCCCUCAUGGCCCAGAAUGCCGUGCUGCAAGGCCAGGUCACUGCCCUAGAGGCAGAGGCGGAGUCCUGGCAGCGGCAGCGUGACGAGGCAUGGCGUGCCCGUGAGAGCGUGCUCAGUGACCACGAGCGCCUGCUGAGCGUGCACGAGAGGCAGGCUCAGGAGUACGAGACGCUCAUCAGCCAGCACGCCGCGCUGAAAGGCAAGCAGAGGGCGCUAGAGAGCGAGCACCGGACACUGCACGGCAAGUACUGCGCUCUGCUGCAGCUGAAGGAGAAGUGGGAAGAGCAGCAGAAGGAAGGUCAGGAGGAGCAGGAGGAGCUGCAGCAGGAGGUCCAGAAGAACCGGCUUCUACAGCAGGAGAACCUGCAGCUGAAGUCCGAAGUGGAUCGACUGACCCAGAACCAGGCGCAGCAGAACCAGGGGCUCCAGCAGCGCCUUAACGAGCUGAAGAGUUCGUUAAGCUCCGCCCAGCAGGAAGCGGGUCAAUGGAUGGCCAGGUACGACUCGCUGAUGGAGCAGCACCAGAACCUGGACAUCACCAUGACCAAACUGGACAACCACUGCGAGCUGCUGAGUCGCCUGAAGGGGAACCUGGAGGAGGAGAACCACCACCUGCUGAGCCAGAUCAACCUGCUGAGUCAGCAGAACCAGACGCUGCUGGAGCGCAGCAUGGAGAGCAAGGAGCUGUUCCACCAGGAGCAGAAGACCUACAUAGACAAGCUGAACGUCCUCCGCCGGCAGAAGGAGAAGCUGGAGGAGAAGAUCAUGGACCAAUACAAGUUCUACGACCCCACACCCAAAAAGAGGAGCCAGUGGUCCGGAGCCAAAGCUCUGGUCAAACUCAUCAGACCCAGGAAGGAGCAACCGGACCGGGACCGGGCCAGGAGCGCUCCAGACAUCCCCCUGCCCGCCACGCCCCCCCUGCUGCCCCCAGAGACCCCGCCCCCUGCUCCUCUUCGCACAGGAAGCAAUACGCACAGUAACCAUGGCAACCAGAGUCCAGUCCUGACCCCUGUCAGCCGAGGUCCAAACCUCCGGAACCGCCUGACCUCCACUCCAAACCUUCAGUCCUCCUCUGCGAGCCCGACCCGCAGCUCCAGAACCGGUCCGGCUGGGAGCCAGAGACCCAGAGGUGGGUCAGCGGGCCGCUUAGAUCCAGAACCUGCGCUUCUGUUGGAUGACGACCCGGUUUUUGGAGGACGACCCGGUUCUGGGGACUUCAGCCACAAUACUUCCAGCUCCAGCUCCCCUGUUGGAUGUAGAGAUUCAUCAGACCUGCAGCUGCGCUCGGCCAGCCUCUCCAGCGAUGACGUCAUGGUGAUCGGCCAAUCAAAGCAGAGCCUGUCCCGUAGCUCCACCCUCCCGUAUGACCACACCCCUCACAGGGCCCAACCGCAACGAGGCGGCGGAGCCAGGGUUAAGCCACGCCCAGGUUCCCCAGGAAGUGAGAUGGUGACGCUGGAGGAGUUCCUUCAGGAGAGCAACCUGCUGUCCCCCCCGCUGCUGUCAGCAGGAAGCACAGAUGACCUCAUCACAGAUUACUUCACCAGAAGCCCCGCCCCCUCAUCCAGGGACCAUGGGACUCCCACCAGCUACGUCCCCCCUACCAUCCACUCAUCCAAUCAGAGGCCCGGUCAGAGCGUGAAGCCGUCCCCUCGACAGCCGGUCGGCCAAUCGCCGGCCUCGAACCAAACUCUCCCCCAGCGAAGCGGCCAAUCGCUGAGCAGAGCCUUCAGCCUGGCCUCCGCUGACCUGCUGUGCUCCCAGGGACCCGACAGCUACGACGCAGACGGAGUGGUCCGUCGCCAAGGAGGCGGCGGCGGCGCCCAGCGACAGCGGCCCCUCUCUGCCCGCUUUGGACCUCCGGACUUCCUGAGUCCCACUGUCCAGCAUUCGGCGUCCCUGAACCUGCAGACGGAGAGGUGGGCGGAGCGUGAGCGGGACAGGGGGCGUGCGGCCGUCUGCAGGAAUGGCCACCGUGGAGAGGUCGCCAUGGUGACGCCGGUCAGGGCCACGCAGCCCCAUGAAGCGUCACAGGAAGUGGAGGUCCAGGGGGGCGAGCGGCCUGGAGAACCAGACUCCAGCAAAGAUGGCGACCGAGUCCAGAGCGGGUCCAAGAGCACGCCGUCCUCUCCGGACCCCAACAGCGACCCGCAGACCGUGUGGUACGAGUACGGCUGCCUCCUACCCAGCAUGCAUCACUUUACGGGAAGCCCGGCCAGCGCCGCUCGCUCCAACCCAAAACCACUGAGGAAACCACGGUGUUUGGGCCCGGCGCCGGAGGAGGUCCAGCUCAACAGAACCCGGCUGUGGUUCUGGAAGGAGGAAACGAUGCGUUUCUAUUUUCAUCACGGCAGGAAGCGGGUCGGCCUCCGCAGAACCUGCAGUCUGACCCAGAACCACGGUCCUGUUCUGAGGGUCCAUCAGAACCGGCCAACGGACCACCCCCCCAUGCAUUAUGGCCCGUUUCCUGGUUCUGUUUCUGAAAGCUGGAAAACCUGGAAGGUUCUGAUCGAAGACCGGAACCAGAGGAACUCAGAUGAUGAUGAUGAUGAUGAAGAACAGCCUGCAAACCUGUUCGGCAGAGAGGACCGUUUGAGGACAGAACCGGAAACAGCUGCCGCGCGGGCGCUCAGCGCGCGCUGUCAGUCUGAGGACCGCCGGAGCGGAACCACGCGGGAGAAACUCCUCUCUGCUCAGAGCAAGUUUGAGAAGAAGUUCGGAACCAGUUCGGGUUUCUGGAUCAGUUUCGGAUUGAAGCUGCAGUUCGGAACCAGGAAGGUCUGCGCGGCAGGUGGACCUCCAGCUCCAGCUUUCACCUGUCGCACAGCUUUCCACCGUUCCCCCUGUCCCACAGCUUUCCAACCUGUCCCCACAGCUGCCACCUUCCCACAGCUUUCACCUGUUCCCACAGCUUUCCACACCCGUCCCACAGCUUUCCUCCACCUGUCCCACACUUUCCACCCGUUCACCUGCCCACAGCUUUUCCACCUUCCCACAGCUUUCCACCCGUUCCCAAACCUGACCCACAAGCUUUCCACCUGUCCCACAGCUUCCACCUCUUUCCACCUGUUCGAUAGGUCCGCUGUGAUCUGGAUCCUAAUCAUAGUGUGUGGAACUGUCCGUGGUUCUGUGAGCAUUCUGAAGGCAUGGACCCAGCGUUCGCACAGGCAGCUGAAGUCGUACCAGGUGAAGGCAGGAACCAGGCAGGUGAAGCGGGCGGGAACCGGCAGUGAAGGCGGAACCGGCAGGUGGAAUGGCGGGAACCGGCAGGUGAAGGCGCAGGGCUGGACGUUUGGACCCGGAGCCAGAGAGGACGGUGAACAGCGCCGCUUCUGGUUGGAUUGUUCUGGACUGAAGCCGGAGUUCCUGACGCCCAGAAAUGUUGGAAAGCUCCAAUGUGUCAAAGAUUCCUCCAGACAACUAUGGCAGAGAACCAAGAAACGUUCUAAAGAGCGCAGCCUCAGCUACCACCCCCAUCCCCCUCGUGACUCCACCAUUGACAACGUGGAGUCUUUCCGCUUCCUGGGAACUAUCAUCUCCCAGGACCUAAAUUCUACUCCUCCAUCCAUUGAGUCCUCCUCACACCCUCCUCCAUCACCAUCUGGUACGUCUGGAGCCACCGCCAAGGACAAGAGCAGACUGCAGCGGUCAUCCGUCACAGAGAAGGUGAUUGGCUGCAACCUCCCAUCUCUCCAGGAGCGCACCGCCUCCAGGACUGAGGCGUGCAGGGAAGAUGUGGCUGAUCCCCAUCGCACCCCGGUCACAGAUUAUUUCAGCCACUACCCUCUGGUUGGCGUUCCCUCCAACCUGUACGCCCUGUACCACGCUGCUCUGCAGCUGAAGCAGAGGAACGAGCUCGGGGUCUACCUGCUGAACCUCACCGUGUCGGACCUGCUCUACCAGGCGUCUCUGCCGCUCUGGCUGCAGUACAUCUUUCAGGAUGACGACUGGCGCCACAGAGAGUGGUUGUGUCAGCUGUGUGGUUUCCUGCUCUAUGAAAACAUUUACAUCAGCAUCGGCUUCCUGUGCUGCAUCAGCCUGGACCGCUACCUGGCUGUAGUUCAUCCGCUCAGGUUUACAUCCCUUCGCUCCAUGAAGGCUGCAUGGAUGGUCAGCAUCAUCGUCUGGAUAAAAGAGAUCGCAGUGGGUGUGGUUUUCUUUCACCAUAAGGAGGUGACCAGGGAUCGGAGCAACCGGUCCGUGUGCUUCGAGCAUUACCCAAUGAGAUCCUGGGAACAUCCGGUCAAUUACUACCGCUUCACCAUCGGCUUCCUCCUACCGCUGGCCAUCCUCUCGAUUAGCUACCUGUGCGUCCUUCGCGCUGUGGGUCGGAGCGCCGGAACACAGCCGGACCAGAAGACCAGGAUCAGGCAGUUGGUCAGCAGCACCAUCCUCAUCUUCCUGGUGUGCUUCUCACCGUACCACGUCUUCCUGCUGGUGCGGACGCUGUUUGAGCGCGACUGCAGCUUUAUAACAGGGAUCUUUAACUACUAUCACCUGUCCCUUCUGCUGACCACGCUGAACUGUGUGGCCGACCCGGCCCUCUACUGUUUCGUCAGCGAAGGCGCCCGGCGAGGUCUCUACAGGGUCCUCGUCAGACCUCUGAGCAAGAUCAUCUUCUGCUGCUGUCGCCGAGGCAACGCCAGCCCCAUCAACCCGGCCAGCGAAUCCCAUGAGGUGGCAACGGAGGAGAAUAACGGCCAUCCCACCGUAACGCUGCUGAACCACACCUCCAGGCAGAACGCAGACGGAGACGUCAUCCCCCUGAGCGUCAGGAAGGACUCCUGUCCACAGGGCGGUGAUGGGAGGAGCAGCUGUGUGGUUGGCGUGGAGGAGGACACCACCCGAGGCGCCGCUGAAGGUAUGGGGCGGUAAGGACCAGGGAGGCUGCAGAGAGACAGCAGAGAGACAGCUGGCCCGCCUGGUCUCUGAAUCUACCAGAUGUUUACAGCUGGGUGGCGAAGAUGUUCUCCUAUAGCCCCACAGGAAGCUGCUCUCCACUUCCUUCCUCUGUCGCUGCUAGACGGAUCAGAACGGGCCUGGUCCUCAUUUCACAUCUGCUCUCCGUCACAUCUGUUCAUCAGUGUGGAGGUUCAGCCAUGUGACCAGGUUCUGGUCCUGGAGAUGGUUGGUUCUGAAGCAGAGGGUGAAUCUGGCACCGCUGUUGGAGACCAGAGCCCAGAAGGUUCCUGUGAUGCUCCAGAGCUACUCAUCCAUUUGCUUUUAUCUGAGCUCUGAUUCUUCAAGAUCUUUGGAAGUUCAGUACCACCUGCGAGGCAGUUAGCUGAAAGAGCUAACCGGGCUCUAUAUGGGCUCUCUGAGCUCUAACUGGGAUCUAAC